AUGUGGCUCCGUCAUAGACUCGAAUGUCGAGUGGAGGUUUCGCUGCAAUCCAAUCUCUUCGACACCAAACGUGACACGAGACAUAACUUCCGUAACUACACAAGGAAAGAGUUUCGCAAAUACCUCGACGUUGGCAAGAAAGACUUUGGUACCAUCGAGUACCUUCUUCGAAGAGGCCGGAACCAACUCGAGGCCUAUCGCGAUCCUGGCAUCCGGGACAUCCACGGUUGA